GACUGACUCACCAUUUCGCGAGAACCGCUUCCCAAAGUUGCCCCCCCAACAAUACGACACGCCCGCGAUGGCUCCCACGGGCAGCAGUUCCACGGAGGAUCUCACCUCAGAGGUCCUCCAAGCAUUGUCCAAAUCAGACCCGAUUCUGUCGGCCGAGGCCUUCCCGCAAGUUCCCUUCGAGUCCCUGAAAGCCGCAUUGGAUCGCCUUGCGUCACGGUCCAUGAUCACGUAUGAACAAAUCGAGCGGCAAGAGGCUUUCCUGGAGCCCGAGGCGGAGGUCAUUGUCAGCCAUGGAAGCCACGAGGCCCGGGUCUUCGAGGCAGUGCACAAGGCAAUGGGUGGUCUCUCAAUUCAGGAGCUCGAGGCCGAAGUCGGUGACAAAAAUGUCACCACCGUUGGACGGGGCAAGGCAUUCAAGGAGAAGUGGAUCAAGAAAGAUGCCGACAGACUCGUUGCCUUGGUGGAUUCAAUCAAAGACGUUACCCGAGAUCAACUCCGAACAAUCCAAGAGACGCGAACUCACGACAGCAAGAUUCUAGCAGAUCUAAAGAAGCGUAAGCUCCUGACCGUCCGAAAGGCCAUCUCCUUCAAAAUCAGCAAAGCAGCCAAGUUUGCACUGGAGAUGGUGAAGGAGGAGACGGAUCUGACCGCCGACAUGCUGGCGUCCGGCUCAUGGAAGACGGCAACAUUCAAGCCCUACAACUUCAAGGCCUUGGGCGCGGAUCAGCAUGCGGGUGCUCUCCAUCCUCUGAACAAGAUGCGACAUGAAUUCCGACAAAUCUUCUUCGAGACUGGCUUCACGGAGAUGCCCACCAACCAGUACAUCGAGUCCGGAUUCUGGAACUUCGAUGCGCUCUUUGUACCUCAGCAACAUCCUGCCCGUGAUUUGCAAGAUACCUUCUACAUCUCAGACCCGAAGACGGCGGCUAGACCUGGCCCGAUAUCUCCAGACGACAAGCAAGACUAUGCCAAGUAUCUCGAGAGCGUGAAGCAAGUCCACGAGAACGGAAAGUUUGGAUCGAUUGGCUACAGAUACCCCUGGGCGGAGGAGGAGUCACUACGACUUGUCUUGCGAACGCAUACCACUUCCGUCUCGGCUGCCAUGCUGUCCAGACUGGCGUCUGAAAACCCUGGUGGCCCUUGCCGACCAGCUCGAUACUUCUCUAUUGACCGAGUCUUCCGGAACGAAUCUGUCGACGCCACCCAUCUUUGUGAAUUCCAUCAAGUAGAGGGUGUUAUUGCCGAUUACGGAUUGACGCUAGGUGGUCUCAUGGAAUUCAUGGAGCAGUUCUUCAACAAGAUGGGCAUCACAGAUCUCAAGUUCAAGCCAGCCUACAACCCUUACACUGAACCGAGUAUGGAGAUCUUCAGCUUCCAUAAGGGACUCAACAAGCUCGUGGAGAUCGGAAACAGCGGCAUGUUCCGCCCGGAAAUGCUUGAGGCCAUGGGUCUGCCCAAGGACUUGAGGGUGUUCGGCUUUGGACUGAGCUUGGAGAGACCAACCAUGAUCAAGUACGCCAUCUCCAAUAUUCGCGAGUUGCUCGGCCAUCAGGUGGACCUCAACUUCAUUGAGAAGAACGCUGCGGUACGGUUGGACAAGGACUAGAGAGGCACUGGUCGAACACUCGGGGGUAAAAGAGUCUGCACAGGGGCUUCUCAGUUUUCGGGCAUGGUGGAAGAGGACAUUCUCCAGUCAUGUCCUACUGCACACAUGGUCUCAGGUCCUUCUACCUCGGUCCCCAGAAAGCCAGGUACAUUGGUGAGCAAGAAACCCUAAACUGGACAAGAAAGACGAGCCUUUUUGCCUAUAGAAAAUGGCACCAGGGCAUUUGUCCUGCCUGCCUUUGUGGUAGAUAUUUUAUGAGUUCACGGAAGAUAAAAAGAAAUGUCAUGGGAUCAUAUGCGCUUGAUAUUAUGCACUCAA